CAUAACGACGGUAGCCGGCGUGCCCUUGCAGUCGAGUGGCUUAGCGACCUUGCCCGGGCUGCCGUCCAUUUAUUGUAAAUCGGUACACCGAGUUCCCGAGCAGCGCCGGAUGAGCCUCUGAUGUUCCUACGCUCGCCGAGUGUGAAAUAAUCUGACACGACGCUAGCUUGCAUACCUGCGAAGGCGACUGUGGACUUUGUUCUCUCUGAAUACAGCUGCUUCUAAACCUCGGCUUCCAGUUUUGUUUACUCAUCUGCCGUCCGCACACGCGUGAAAUUAAUCAUGCCGACAGAUAAGCACGCAUCUCGUGUGUGUGUGCUUGUGUUUAUUUUUUCUUUCCCCCCCUUUUCCUCCCCGUUUCCUCUAUGUCCAUUCAUUCAGGUAGUUUAGUUUCCCAGUGAGAGCAAGAAUCCUGGACCGCACCCCUCCCCUUCCAUCCCCUCCCCACUCUGCUCCCACAAAGACAUGCAUAGCAAGAACCAGAAGCGCCACGGCUCUCCCGUCCCUUCGAGGAACCCGCUGGUUCUCAUGAAGGCCAAAGCCCCCGCCGUGGCUGGCGGUCCCGGGGACGCCCUCCCCUUCCGGAUCCCCAAAGACUACCCUCACUCGCGCUUCAGCAAAGCACCACUCGCCGUCUAUCCUCCGAAGGGAAUUCGGAACAAACCAUGCGUCUCUCUUCCGGUCGUGAGCUUGGAGAAGAUGCCGUGCCUCAGCCGAGCAAACUCCACCUCACAAGUCCGCCUCGCCGCCCCCUCGUCCUCACCCUCUUCGUCCCCCCUCAAACACCCGCUGCCCUCUCCCACCGCAUUCCCUAAUGAGAAGAUGCGCAACGGCGGGCCGUCCACGCCGCGCUCCUCGCCGUCGCCUCUAGACGGGCGCCCCGGCCCGGCGCGCUCCCCUCUCGACCGCCGGCCGGCCUCCUCGUCGUGCCCCUCCCCCUCUCCCGCUCACAGGCCGCCGGCUCAGCUGUCAUCGUCGUCACCUUCAGAGAAGAAGAAUCAAAAUGGCACCAAGGCUUUUUCUUCCAGACUCUCAGGAAGAGUAUUUGACCCGAAUACGCACUGUGGCGUCCAGGACCCUGAGACCAAACAGCCGUGCACACGUUCCCUCACCUGCAAGACUCACUCCCUAACCCACCGCCGAGCCGUUGCCGGCAGGAGGAAACAUUUCGAUGUCCUCCUGGCCGAACACAGAGGCAGAACCAAGGAGAAGGACAAGAACAGCUGCAGCCCAAGUGUCACCUCGCAAGACGUCGCUUCUCCCAGCAAGCCGCACAGCCCGAACGGACGCCCUCUGUCCACACUGAAAUUAAAACUGGCAAACGCACACAUCCCCAGGGUUCUAGGCACCGCCACUUCCAUGCCUCAGCCUCCACCGCCAGCAACCUUUCCUGCCCCAGCACCCGUCCCACCCUCCCACCCGGAGCUUUCACCUCAGCCUUGGGCGACUACAUCCAGCGUGGAUGGUGAUCGUCUCUCCAGCGACGAAGGCGACGCACCGACUCCCGAGGAUGCGCACGGACCCGCCAUUCACUUCUCGAACCACCACCCUCAACCUUCCGGGGUUUGCAUAUUCAGCAGCAGGCUCAUGGGACGAGGCCACUACGUGUUUGACCGGCGGUGGGACAGGAUGAGGGUGGCGCUCCAGAACAUGGUGGAGAAGCACCUCAAUUCACAAAUGUGGAGAAAGGUUCCUCCAGCUGCUGAGAGCCUGCCCACCCUUUCGCCCUCUGGCACAUCCCAACAAGCGCCCCCUCCCUCUCCCGCGUCGGACACUUCCUCCCUUUUUACCGCUCCGUCCGGUCCCUCCUUCCCUCAUGCCGCGUCAUCACCCGGAGCUUUGACUUUCAGAGAUGCCCCUCAGCCGCACGCCACUCUGGGCGCACCCCGCCACAGCGCGCACAGGGCCAGCCGCCCCACCAAAGAGAGAGAGGACUCUAUAGCGGAAGCAAGGAGGAAAAACCCUUCCUACGCCUGCUCCUUUCGCAACGGGACCAGCCCUCACGGAGUAUCGGCGGGGCCGGGUGCUAAAAAGGGACACGGUCGGGCGCGGAACGGACUUUGGGGCUACAGCGGCCACUGGCUAACGAAAGCUGACGGCACUCAAGGCCAGAACUCAAAUAACAGUGAUCUUGGCAGCACCAAUAUAUCCUACUCAUCCAGCAGGGAGCUGGCAGCCGCUCCCUCCCCCGGAGCCUUGAAUUACGGGCAAAAAGCAGAGGGGAGGAAGAGGAAGAGUGCCGGCGCUUACGAAGGGAAGACCGGCAACAAGGUGAACCGGCUGGGAGCUGCCGACGGCUUCUUUGGGAACCGGAACGACGGCGAGUCCCAAAGACAGGCCAAGUUGCAUCACUGACACCUGUUUGGUAGAAUGUCGGGUAAUGACCCUCACCACUCAUACCCCCUCGCCCUCUCACACCCUCCCCUCACUGACAGACCCAAUGGGAGCGACGUCUUCCCAUUUAGUUCCGUUCCGGGCGCCACGUUCUGGUCUGCUUUUCACGGUCCCGACUUUGGACGACGUAGACAGGAAAAAACGGAGACGGCGGAGUCCAAAUGUUCAUGAGGAAUUUUUUUUUUCCUUCCAUUUUUCUAGUUCUGGUCAGCUAACAAGGAACUCCUAUAGGACUGGCACGUCAGCUUCGACAAUUUUUUUUUCUUGCUGUGAUGUUUGCUUGACUGCAAACUUUCUCGGUUGGGUUCUAACCAGCUUUCUUGGCCCUCCUUCCCUCCUCCUUUUUUUUUUUUUUUUUUACUCCCCAUUUUAUAUCAAGCCGCUUUUUACGCGGACUCUCCUCGCGGUCUUUUGUCCCGUGUGCAUUGUGUACACCCAGCAUGGCUGUGUUUAAAGUGCUCUUACUGCCCUCGUCCUCCCUCGCAGCAGCUUCCAGCAGUGCCACCCUAGGGCCCCCUUCACAUUAAAAAAACAUCUAUAUUUACAUGAAAAAAAAAAACAUUGAUGCCGUUCAAUGCAUCGUAUUUCAAUAUAGGAGGAAGUGUGAAUGGAGUUAUUUUUUUUAAUUUUAUUUUGGGGUGCCACGUACAUUUAAGGUUGGAGCUGAAGGUAUAAUUGACAUUUUUGAAAUAAUGUUGAAAAUGUGUCCAUAUCUGUUUAUUAUUUUACUUUUUAGUAUUUAUUACGUUCCCCUUUUGUACUGAGCUUCAGGUUUGAAACCAUAAUUUGAACGCCAAUAGCCUGGUAUUGCCUCCCUUCUCCUGAAUUUUAUCAUUUUAUUUCCUAAUAGUUAUCUGUGCUCCGCUCUAAAUAACAGGUCAAGUUCAAGUGCGUCCGUUGACCCUUUUAGCAACACGCGUCUUCAUACAUGCACCAUUUCAACUCAAUUUACUGAAAGAUAAAAAGCUUCCUUUUCACUCGCUCACCGCAUUGCUCAUCGUAAUAAGUGAGAAUACACUAUGAAUGCUUUUGUGGGGAACGCGGGUUUUGUCAUCACGUGACCCGCCUGUCAUACAACAGGUGCUUUUCAAGCAACACUUUGGAGAGUCUGAAUAUCUCUUGACACCUUGGACAAGUGUCUUAUCAGUAUUUCUUUUCUUGUUUCCAUUACAUCUGUGCUCCCCUUUCAACCCUAUUAAAGUUUAUAUACAGUGGAUAGAAAAAGUCUACACACCCUUCUCGGUUUAAUGCCAGGUUUUUGUGGGAAAAAACAAAGAUGAAUCCACUGUUAGUAAGAGGGUGUGCACAAUUUUGCAACCACUUUUUGGUUGUUACUCAGCCUAAUUUUUCCCCUGUUUGAGUUUUACAGGUUGUCACAUAAAUUUUAGCACUUGAACAUGUGGGGUGUGUAGACUUUAAAUAGCUCAUGGGGAAAACCAGGCGUUCUAUUCCAAAAAAAAAAAAUCACAUUCCUGAUUUUGUCACUGGUCUUCCCAUUUUUACCCCACAAAAUGACGGGAUUAAAAUUCUUAUUUUUUGGGGGAAAGAGGAAAAGCUACUGGGCUGGAGAGGUGGCGACUAUGUUCUCAACUACUUCAUAGGAAGCCCGACAUGAGGGCGACAUUGCGACAACGCAGCUAAAAAACAAUGACACCGAUUUUUGGACGUCACUUUCUUCGCUUGUUGUUAACGCUUCCCCCUUCCUCAGUGUUUGCACUUUGUAACAAAAUCUUUAACCAAGUUGUAUUUAUAUAUAUAUUUGACACGUCCAAAGUUUAUAUUUGUACGUCUCUGGCAGUAAAUAAGAAGGCCGCGUUUGGAAAGCGAAACCUCCUCCUGAUACCAGCGCACUGUUUUUUUUUUUUUUUCUUUCAGGAUUGCAAACUGUGCUGAAAGUUGAAUGUCUGCAAACUCGCCUUGGUAUUUUGUUUCACUGCCGUUCGACCGGAAGUUGUUUCGAAACACUUGUUUGAAAAGGAAAAGCUUUUUUUAAUUAAAUAACUAAAGUGUGAA